AUGACAUCAGUGCCCGAAACUACUCCAGAUGACGUUCGCAUCGUUAUGAAUUUGAAUGAUCCGAAUAAUACACAAACAGUAGGGUACAUAAAUCCAUCAUCACAAGCAAGGCCUCAAAAUCAAGAAAGCCAAGAUCAGGAAGCACAAAAUGGUAAUAAGCAUCAAACUUCUAAGCCAUCUGGCGGGCGCUGUUCGAAACCUUGCCUAAUUGGGCUUGGUAUUGGUUUGGCAAUUGGUGUGUUACUCGUUAUUGCUGUUGCGGUCCCAGUUGGUCUCACCAGAAAAUCUUCAUCGGGUUCAUCUAAUACGGUGACAACGAAUCAAGUCAAUAGUGGAACGACAUCCCAAGUUACAACUACUACAGUGAGCACUACGAAUCUGCAGUUAGUUCAAAACUGCAUUGGGCAGGAUAUUACUAGACAACCGGUAAUCAUCGAUACUGACGUUGAUGUUGAUGAUUUAUGGGCUAUUCUUUAUUUGAUUAAUGUUCCAACGGUUGAUAUUCUCGCCAUUACAACUGUUGGAGAUGGGUUUAGCGCACCAUUAUAUUCGUCGAGCAAUGUUCUCAGUCUUCUGGGAUUAGUUGGUUGUACAGAUGGUAUUCCAGUCGCUAGUGGAUUCAGUGUAUCAUCAUUAUCAACUGGUUGGACUGUAGCAAACUCAAUUCUUGCGGGCAUCGAUAACUAUCUAACAUCGUCCUCUUGUCUCAAUCAGUCGACCGACAUUUUUUUGCAACCAUCACCAUUUGAUGCAGUUGAGUUGAUUAUCUAUACAUUGAAAUAUUCACGGCGACCAGUGGAUAUUUUGGCUCUGGGUCCCUUCACAAAUAUUGCUGCAGCUAUCACUCGAGAUCGCUCAAUUGUAUCGAAAAUAGGAACACUCUAUGUAUCCGGUGGUCAGUUUCAAUCAUUAUCUGCUUAUCCAACACUUAUACCGAAUCCAAGCUUAGGAACCUAUCCGUAUUUGGCAAAACCAUCAGGCACUAGUUCAAAUGUCUUCUUAGAUUUACUUGCUGUACAACGUGUUGAUGAUAGUGGAAUCAAAAAUUAUGUUGCGAUGCCAUCAAGUAUACAACAUUUACUGCCUGCCAAUCUAAGCCAAGUCGACAUGAAAUUAAAAGCGUUAAACAUUACAUUAUCACCAUUCAUAUACAAAUUAAUAACAUCCUUAGCGAACUGUACCAAUCAAGCUGAAUCGGCUAUUUCUUGGUGGGAUAAUAGUGCAGCUCAGCUGAUGGUUCAGAUGCAGAACAAUAACACAAACGGCUUUUGCACGACAUUACAAAGUGUUGAGUCACUAUACAUCUUAUCGGCUGAUUCGGAUCAAUUAUUUGGACAAGGCUUAAUUGA